AUGGCUGGUAGAGACCUCGAUAAGGGGCAUCGCUAUAUAGCUGCCUUGGAUAAUGCACGCUGCCAGGACAAGUGGGAUGAAAUUCCUGAACUGAUCCGAAAGGUGACCAAGCAUGCGUCUCAGAAGACAUGCUUCCUCGACACCGUAAAUGUAGAGUCCCAAGUCGCCGCCCAUGUUCGCAAACGCUCAAACGUUCAACCGUCGUCUCCUUCCACAUCCAACCUAUCAGAACUGAUACCCUCGCUCCUGUCCACGAUUGAGAAAGCAGACGGGUCCCCGCAAGAGGUAUUUCAAGCACAAGUCUGUCUGGGAUGGGUUCAUUGGACACUUAAUGAGCCGGGGCUGGCAGUAGCCCGGCUACCUAAAGACUUUGGGGCGACAGUGAGCAACCUCUCGGACGAUGGCCAAGAGUUGUCCCCGUGGACUGAGGUUUGCCUGGUGAAGGGCUGUUAUAUAAAGGGUACUGCACAAUCCAUGGCCUCUGGAUUGGACGACGCCUUGCAAACGUUCAAGUCGCUUAUGCCAUGGCUGAGCAGUCACAGCCAAGCGUCGCUGAACAACCCCCAGCUUUCACACUGGUCUGAAAAGUUAUUGGCACAGGGCGCUCUGCUAUCCGGCGACGAAGCUUGCAUGCACGGUGACGAUGAGCGUGUGGAGAAUGCAUUGAAAUUCUUCAGGUUGUGGUCUGCACAUCCGAACGUGAAAGGAUGGGUUUCCCCAAACGGAGCGCAAAGUGAUAAUAUUGCAGAACCUGCUUCUAAGUCCGCUAUCUGGAAAGGAUACUAUGACCUCUUGACAACUAUUUUGCAGUAUGGGUUGACGUAUGUCUCUCCGACUGGUGGUUCAGAGCGCCCACAGCUGGCCAGUGAACUACGCCGUGUGGAAUCAGUCUGUGAGAGCAGCCUUCUACGUGAAGUGAAGUUCCCAAAAGCAGAGUCCCUCAACUCAGAUAUUGAAGAUUGGGUUGAACAAGUAAUCCAGAACUGGGAAGUCCUCUGCGGGCCGCAAUGGCGUGACGAGGACCUCGGCGAAGGUGGUCAAAACGCAGUGGGCCGAAACGUGCUUGAUAUUCUUUACAAGGCCGCAACAAAGACAUACCACUCUCACUUGAUUCUUAGGCGUCUUUUCCAUGUCCAUUCGGCAUUGGCAGAUUUUGAUCUCGCUCUCAAAGCCCUCGAUGCCUAUAUUGAAAUUGUCACGGGCGCAAAAGCAAGGGCGGAGAAGGGAGCCGAGUCAGGGGAAUUAGAGAACGAUGGACGGCUGCUGCAAACUCUCUCUGAAGGUGUCACCAUGCUGUGCUGCUUUGGCCCAGAAAAGGGGGCUGAAAAAGCAAGAGACUUGACAGUACUCAUCAAGAGGUUCUUAGGCAAGCAUACGCAGGUCGAUGCAAACGACCAGGAAAAUGACAAGGCUAUGGUAUCGCAGGAGGAUGCAAGCUCGUCAUACUCUGAUACUGUGUCUCCAUCCGUCACUGCUCUAGCAUACAGGGCCAUCGGUGUCGGACUUGCCAACUGGGCCUACUGGACACCCGUGAACGAAGAACGGGAUGACAUACGGGCUGAAGCUAUCGAAUAUUUGGAGAAAAGUCUUGCACCGGAGCUUGGGGACGAGUACAAUUAUUCGUCCUUGUACACGCUUUCUCUCCUUCUAGCUGAGGAUCGGGACCUGGAUGGUGCAAUUGACUAUGUCAAGUCAGCGCUGACAUCGAAUAGCCAUCCUACCCCUACGCAAGCCAAUCUUGUGAAAGAAAGAGAUCUUGUCGCUCUAUGGCAUUUACUCGCCCUUCUACUGAGCGCAAAACAGGACUUCGGCAUUGCUGAACGUUCUUGCGAAGCUGCAUUCGAACAAUUCCCCAGUGCUGUUGCUUCGCUCAACCACGGUGACAAGGGUUCUCACAGACAGCCGCAAGACCAUGAGCAAUCUACUGCCAACGGUCUGAAACACGCAUUAAUUGAUCAAUUGCGAGGCCGUGAGAAAGAGCGUAUAAUUGAGACGCGCAUGACACAACUCGCCUUUGUUGAGGUCUUGGAGGGCCCGGAGGCCGCUGUUAACCACAGCGACCAACUGCUCAGCCUUUUUGCUACCCUUUUUCAAAACUUGGAGCUCGAAAGUGGGAAUGUGAAUGAAAAGAAUACCAAGACAGAACACCUUGUCCCACCACAAAGUUCUGCUGGCACAGUGAGAAGCUUCCGCGGCAGUAUAUUCGGGCGAAAUCGAGGCCCUCGUGCUCCAGAGCGAAAGGUGGAAUCUGCUAUCGAUGGAAAUCAGGCCGAUUCUGUAAACCAAGCGGGCCACCCCUUUAUUUCAGAUGCUGCGCCUGCUAUCCAGGUCACAGACGAAGAUAAAAAGCUCGCCAAUGAAGGUUCACAUCCCGUGGCAAGAUCGGAGUCGACGCGGCAGAGACUGCGAAAGCGUAGCAGUACCCUCAGGAAAUCUGAUGCUGUUACGGCCCAAGGCGAUGGGUGUAUUCCCCCUGUUCCAUCAACCACCGACGCGAAUGGCACGAAAACGCUAGAUCAAACAAGCAAAGACGAAACAACGGCUCAGGAUAUGGUUGGCCUUGCAGUGUCGGGUGCUGAGUCCCAACAAGCACAGGACGGCAAGCAACCGCUGCGGCCUAUGGCUCACAACGUCAAAUACAACAAAGUACCGCCUCCAGUUGGCCAUGAGAAGCAGCCACCUGAACAAGACGUUCGGCUUCCUAUAUCAUACAGGUUUGACUCGCCCACAAACGCGGUCGUCAAAUUUCCGAUUGCACAGGCCCAGAAGCAUGCUCUCGGCAUCCUUAUCAAAGUCUGGCUUCUCGUUGCGGGACUUUAUCGACGUGCGUCACUAUUUGAGGACGCAAAUGAAGCGUGCGAGGAAGCUUUCAAGCAGGUUACACGCAUUGAGGCUCUUGUUGCAGCUCAGGAUUCGUCUGCCAAGUUGUUCAGCGAACGGAGCUGGGGCACUGCAAAGAGCUCUGAAGAGCUCUGGGCAGACUACUAUGCUGAACAGGCACAAUUGUCAAAGGCUCAAUCACGCCCUCGAGAAGCAAUGGAGCGUUUCGAGCGAGCAUUAAUUCAUUAUCCUGAUCAUCCGAAAGCCACAAUUGGGUUGGCUAGCUUACUCCUGGAUAUAUGGGAUCAGAAAUUUACAGCGGACUCUCCACCUUGUGAAGUUGAUUUCGACAUUUCCACGCUGUCUUUGCUAUCAACUCCACAGAAAAAGAACACGAACUCAAAACAAAACCAAGAAAACCAUGCGGAGAAGUCGGGUGUCGAUGAGACAAAGCGAGCUACAGGCACACCACCUGUAUUCAAAGAAGAAGAACCCAAGUACCUCAACCGACUCGCUGCUCGUGAUCGUGCAUUCGGUCUUUUAUCCACCUUAACAAAGCGUGGCAGCUCUUGGGACAACUCCGAGGCUUGGUAUGCACUCUCCAGAGCAUAUGAGGCUGGAGGGCAGAUCGGAAAGUUGAAAGAGGUUCUAUGGUGGUGCAUCGAGCUCGAAGAUCGACGCCCAAUUCGCCAUUGGUCUAAUAUUGGCUCCGGUGUAUAUGUUCUCUAA